GUGUUAGCUUUUACUUGAUCUAUGUCUGUUUGAGGAGUAUCGAUAAUUUACUUUUCUGUGUGUAUAUAUUUUGUCAGGGAUUUCUGAAAGUUGGUACUCACCACGUAAUCUUCUGACUUUGAAGACAUACUCAUUCUUAGUUACUCUAUUUAACAUCAAAUGUGGUAUCCUAAUCACCCUAUACAGGGAUUAUUAUAUGAUAACAUAUUUUAUACUUUGCAGCUGAUGCAGUAGCUAACAAUACAUACUUCGGUGUAUGGAGAUGCAUGCUAUACUGCAUUUCCUAGGCGGGAUAUAUAUGUGUCUAUGUUUAGUGCUUACUGACAUACUGCUUUGGCGUUUGUAAUGUUUCGUUCCCGGUGACUAGAUGAUAGCUAGCCUGGUGGUAGAAUAGCUGGUGCUGGAUUUAAAACGGAGAAUAUGUAUGCGGGGAGUGCACCAGAUACAGAUAUCACAGGUGGUACUGGAUUAUUGGGAACAAUCCUUAUUGUUGCAACCUUCAGCCUGAUCAUCGUCAUUGUUAUCGUCAAUUGUACAAUACCAAGAUGCAAGAAGAAAGUUCACAGGGAAUUAAAACCGAGAGUAACAAUAGAAAUGAAAAGGGCAGUUAGUCUCGAAGAUGCAUCAACAGCUUCUGCUUCAUCAAAGUCUGCGCCUAAGAAACCUAUACGUCACUCUCCUUCCACUCAUUCAACUCAACAGAAAACGGUUCAGAACUACGAAAACGUAUUCAUUGGUGUUUAUCGAGGACAGUUUGCUUCUCCUAGUGUCAGUGUGGCGGAGACGUCGGACGUUAUGGACAAUGUAUCGUCUGCUUCCGAUCCUUUCAUUGAUCCAAAGGGAGAAGUAGAUACUUCUAACAAGGAAAACAGAAUUAGCUACGAAGAACAAUGUGACAAAGCUCUUGAGAGACACAUCAGUGUAAGGUAUGAAAACAAUAACGACCAGUUCGAUGACAAUCGUGGAAGUAACGUUAGUGAAAAUCACAGAAGUAAAGGCUCUGUUGAAAUAUCCAUCAGUGUAAACUCUCGUGUGUGAUAUCACGUGAUCUGUCAACUUCAGUGGGUGGUAUCACGCGAUCCGUCACCACUCGUGAUGUUUUAUCGCGUGUUCUCUCAAAUCUCGUGUGGGUAUCACAUGACUUUGUAAGCAUGAUUCCCGGUGUGUGUACAGAUUGACUGAAACAAAAUCAAUGUAAUAAACAAUUACAUAAUAAUCAAAUCAUAGUGAUCAUUUCAAUUGUUGUCUGCGUAGCAUUGUAAAAACUAUAGAUGUAUCUCGAGUGUUUCUUGUUUAUUUACGUGGCAAUCAUUCCAGUAUGUUGCGGUUCUGUUAUACAUUAACAUGGGUUCAUUUUUUUCGCAUUUCCGGCAUAAUUGUUAUUACUUGACUGUUGCAAACUAAUCUGCCACAAAGUACAGCGCGAACUUUGCCUUACGUUUUCACAUGAAAAAUAGGCUGUUCAUCAAUAUGUCGUAUAUAGACAUAUCUUCACAUCCAGUGACCAUUCGUAGUGUAUGUUGGCAUAGAGUUAAAAAUAACAACAUUAACUUGGAUAUUUUGAUAAUCAUAGACCAUUUGCAUACCUUUCAUUGUUCAUUUUAUAUAUAAUUGCAUAUACAAAUACGUACAACAAUCCAACUAAAUGGUUUUUUUAGCGAAAUCAAGCGAAUAAUGACGUCAUUAUUGUAUUUUCUGUAAAUCGAUAGUAUAUUAAUAGUAUAGAAAGUUCAUCGCCUUUCUUAUAGAUUAGUUUGUUUAAAAAGUUAACAAUAUAAUAUCCACUGAUAUAAUUAAAGAAAAAACACCUCCCUUUACUAGUGGACCGAUUCACCCAUUAAUAUUUAAGUACCUAUUCGACAUCAUCUACUUAAAUUUGUUAUUUAUUAUUGAUUUGAUUGUAAUUUUGUCAUUAAAAUCCUUUAAGAUGA